UAGAGAACAGUAAUUUUGUUAUCUGAUUGAGCACCCUACAAUUAUGCGGAACAGCAAGUCUGAACAAAACCAGCAGUUCACUUCCGAGUGUAGGUUAGGCUCCCUCCACACACACACACCCUCUUGGGAAAAGUGUCGGAGAGAGAGGCUCAACCAACAACAAGUUGUGACAAAUCCUUUUUUAUCAAGGACAGGGAGUUCUCACAAAACACAAGUUGGGCGGUGAGAACCAUGCAAGUGAAUGGACCGAACGGAAAAAUCGAUUUGAGUGGAGGUUAUUUUCCUUCUUCUUUCAGUUGAGUCUGGCAUACCUCAUCCUCUCGUGUCUAGGCUACUGCCUGCGUGUGUAGGGAGCCGAGGACCCACCCGAAGACACACUUUUAUGCUGUGAUUUUUCGGUUGUCAGGACUGAUUUAAAGGAUUGGAAAUGCCUGGGAACGAGAGAGUUUGUCGUCUCUUGAAAGAGAUAAUUCAAAAGCCUGGGAACGACGCAUGCGCAGACUGUGGCGCGCCUGAUCCUAGUUGGGGCUCCUGUUCCUUAGGAGUCUUCAUCUGUGUUCAAUGUUCCGGGAUCCACAGGAAUAUUCCCUACAUCGGAAUGAAAGUCAAAUCCCUCAGCCUCUCCCGCUGGGAAGACCAGGACGUAAAGUUCAUGGCGGAGAAUGGGAACGAAUUGAUGAAGCAGAAAUAUGAGGCGGUUGUUCCUGUCUACUACUACAAACCGACCCACAAAGACUGCCAAUCGUUCACAGCUUUGUGGAAGUUACCUGUGGCGCUGAUGUUUAGGCCGAGGGUCCUGAGGGAGCAGUGGAUCAGAGCAAAGUACGAGAGGAAAGAGUUUACAGGGGAAGGGAAGAAACGGACCUAUGAGGAGGGAACGAGGGAUGGAAUGUUGAUGAAAAGGGGGCGGGACAACGGCCAGUUCCUCAACCGACGAUUCGUUCUCUCAGAAAGAGAGGGGACACUGAAAUACUUCACCAAGUAUGAUGCCAAGGAGCCUAAAGCGGUGAUCAAGGUGGACUCUAUCAACGCAGCCUUCCAGCCAGAGAAGAUAGGUAACCCCAACGGACUACAGAUCACCUACCUGAAAGACUACAGCACCAGAAACAUCUUCCUCUACCACGACAGCGGCAAGGAGAUAGUAGACUGGUUCAACUCUAUAAGGGCCAUCCAGCUCCACUAUCUAAAGGUGGCCUUCCCAGGGGCUAAUGAUGCAGAGCUGAUGCCCAAAUUGACCCGCAACUUUCUGAAGGAGGGCUAUAUGGAGAAAACAGGACCCAGGCAUACAGAAGGGUUUAAGAAGCGUUGGUUCACCCUAGACCACAGACGUCUCAUGUACUACAAAGAUCCCCUGGAUGCCUUUGCCAAGGGUGAGGCUUUCCUAGGGCACCAGGACCAUGGUUACAGCGCUAGCCCCGGCCUUCCCGCCGGAACCCACUGCAACGGCGCCUGGCAACACGGCAUCACCAUAGUAACACCCGAGCGCAGCUUCCUGUUUACCUGCGAGACGGAAGUUGAGCAACAGGAUUGGCUGAAACACUUCAAUGAUGUCAUCAGCAUCCAGAUGUCCCCUCAGGAGUACUCCAUGGAGGCUAUGUUCAGACACAAACAUUGAUGGGCCUGUGGCCUGAUGGACCCUUCCUUCUCCCAUCCUCCUCUCCUCUCCCAUCUUCUGUUCCUCCUCUCUCCUCCUCUCCUCUACCCGUCUUCUAUUCCUCCUCUCAUCCUCCUCUCUCCUCCUCUCCUCUACCUGUCUUCUAUUCCUCCUCUCUCCUCCUCUCUCCUCCUCUCCUCUCCCAUCUUCUGUUCCUCCUCUCUCCUCCUCUCCCAUCUUCUGUUCCUCCUCUCUCCUCCUCUCCUCUACACAUCUUCUGUUCCUCCUCUCUCCUCCUCUCCUCUACACAUCUUCUGUUCCUCCUCUCUCCUCCUCUCCUCUACACAUCUUCGGUUCCUCCUCUCCUCUACCCGUCUUCUAUUCCUCCUCUCAUCCUCCUCUCUCCUCCUCUCCUCUACCUGUCUUCUAUUCCUCCUCUCUCCUCCUCUCCUCUACUUGUCUUCUGUUCUUCCUCUCUUCUGUUCCUCCUCUCUCCUCCUCUCCUCUACCCGUCUUCUAUUCCUCCUCUCUCCUCCUCUCCUCUACUCGUCUUCUGUUCCUCCUCUCUUCUGUUCCUCCUCUCUCCUCCUCUCCUCUACUCGUCUUCUAUUCCUCCUCUCUCCUCCUCUCCUCUACCCAUCUUCUGUUCCUCUCCUCUUCCUCUCCUCUGCCCAUCCUGGAGAUCACCAAGACGUUUGAGUUAGGUUAGGCUGUCCUUGCCUCAGAAAGAAAGAUGUACAAACACACUAGACUGCAGCAGUACCUGUCAUCAUGGUCAACCAUUGUGCCUUACACUAAGUCAUAAACUUUAAUGUCUCAGAUCAAUGUGAAUUUAAAUGUUUACUUUUAAAAGUUCCCUAUUAAUAUCUUAUAAAUUGACAUUUUUGAUGGGUGAGUUUGGUUUGGAGAUAUGUAAGAUACAUUUGAAUAUAACUAUGGAUAAUGUUCAACCCUCUUAGGGUUGUGUAUAAACAGUUAGUGGUUUUUUUUGAUAGUGCCAUCUUGUGGUGUUUCAAGAAUAUGACCGGUCUGGCUUUCUACAUAUCCUGUAUGUCCGAAGAUAUUUUCACCCUGUUAUUUUAAAGUAUUAUACAACAUAUUUAGACUGAGGAGACAUGCAAAGAAUAUAUCAUUGAUUGAUACAUAUUUGUCAUUCAUCCCAUGUCAUGCUUUUAUACGUGUUGUCAAUGGUGUUUUCCAUUAUAGAAGAAGAUUGGUUAUAAAUGAUCAUGUUUGAGGAACUACAAACCAUCCGUUUCACCAUUUUUUAAAUAAAUCCAUAUAUUGGUC